GGCUCCGCGCCUCGCGCCUAGUCCGCGGGCCGCGCAGCCGCUCCCGCCGCUCCCGCAGCCGCCCUGCCGCCCGCCUGCCAGCCCAGAGCCCCGCGCCCCUAGGCCUGGCUCCCGCCUGCCCGGGACCCGCCCCGCCCGCCCCGCUCAGCCGCUAGAGAAGAUGCGGCUGCUCCCGGAAUGGUUCCUCUUGCUCUUUGGCCCGUGGCUCCUUAAGAAGGCGGUCAAUGCCCAGAUACCAAAGUCCGGAAGGCCGCAGUACCUGGAGCUGCGACCCGCCGCGGCCGGAGCGGGUGGCCCCGGCCAGCAGCUCCCAGCGCUAAGGUCUUCCGACGGCCUAGGCUCCGGCCGCGCCUGGAGCUGGGCCUGGCCGACCAACCACACUGCGGCGCUGGCCCAAGCAGGGGCAGCCGGGGCGUUGCCCGCGCAGCGCACCAAGAGGAAGCCGUCCAUCAAGGCGUCCCGCGCCAAAAAGAUCUUUGGCUGGGGGGACUUCUACUUUCGAGUGCAUACCCUCAAGUUUUCACUGCUGGUGACCGGCAAGAUCGUGGACCAUGUGAAUGGUACCUUCAGUGUGUAUUUCCGCCACAACUCGUCCAGCCUGGGCAACCUCAGUGUCAGCAUCGUGCCGCCCUCCAAGCGUGUCGAGUUCGGGGGAGUCUGGCUGCCCGGGCCUGUCCCCCACCCUCUGCAGUCUACGCUCGCCCUGGAAGGGGUGCUUCCUGGGCUGGGGCCCCCGCUGGGGAUGGCAGCAGCAGCCGCGGGGCCGGGCUCCUUCGGGGGCGCACUGGCAGGGCCUCUUGGGGGCGCGUUGGGAGUGCCUGGGGCCAAAGAGUCGCGCGCUUUCAAUUGCCACGUGGAGUAUGAGAAGACAAACCGGGCGCGCAAGCACCGCCCGUGCCUGUACGACCCAUCGCAGGUGUGCUUCACCGAGCACACGCAGAGCCAGGCCGCCUGGCUCUGUGCCAAGCCCUUCAAAGUCAUCUGUAUCUUCGUCUCUUUCCUCAGCUUUGACUACAAACUGGUGCAGAAGGUGUGCCCAGACUAUAACUUCCAGAGUGAGCACCCCUACUUUGGAUAGCGCCCCUCCCCAGCCCCAGCCCCCAGCCUCACGCCAAAUCCCAGCCUCACUAGGUGGGAUCCCCUUCCCAGUGUUCUGCCGCUCCUGUGGCCAUGUCGCCCACUCCUUCCACUCUGGGGGCGGAGGGGAACGGCCCUCUCGGGACCCUCAGCUAAGGUGGGUGCCCUUUUCCUUAUGCGGAGUGCCCGUGAGGCUGGGGUAGCCCCCUCCAAUGCACCCCAAAGUGAAAGGGGUAAGAGUGCAGCCCCAGAAUAGGUGGGGCUUGGAGGCGGUCCCAAUGUCCCCUAGGUCCACAGUGGGUCCCCUUUUCACCCUUAGCGCUAGGCUGCACACUCCCUUUCCCCACAGCUUUAAUAACUCCUGGCCUGGCACCCUCACCCCACCCUGACUUUCCUAUCCCCCAGCGCUUGUCCUACUCCACCCUGCCCCGCCUAAGACUGUAAAGGCCUAAAAACCUCAGCCUGUCCUCCCACCUUUCUGCCUGCCAUAUGCCUGUCCCCUUUUCCUCCAAACCCCAUUAGGGUACCGGAAGCAGAACCCCUGGGCUGAGGCGCUGGCCCCGGCCCCUGCCGCCCCUUUCCAGUCCCUGCAGUCCAGCUGCACCUGCCCUCUCCUGCUGCUUCCUCUCUGUGAUAUUUUUUUCUACGCCAAAACAGACGGGAAAGGGAACAAAAUAAAGUGAAAUCCAAUACA